CCUUGGAUGCCGUGUAUAGUGUAUAUGUUCAUGCGCUGCGCAUAUACUGUAUAUAUCUAUAUAUAAUCACGCUUUCAUGCUUUUCCUCAUCUUCACUCCGCCAUGGAUCACCGGCUGAAGAAUGUAUUGCCACUACUUUUCGUGGCGGUUUCUUUGUUCGCCGCCUCCGUUACGACGGCUGAUUACAUCAGGCCUCCGCCCCGCAAAGCAUUGAUUUUAACUAGGGAUCCAUCUACUCAACCUCACCAGGUUCACAUAUCCUUAGCCGGGGAUAAACAUAUACGAGUAUCCUGGAUGACUAGUGAUAAAUCAGCGCCUUCUCGUGUGGAAUAUGGCACAUCGCCAGGAAACUACACCUCAGUAGCUGAAGGAGGAGAAAUUACAAGUUAUAGCUAUCUAGUAUACAAAUCAGGGAUUAUCCACCAUUCUGUGAUUGGACCGCUGGCCGAUGAUACUGUGUAUUUCUAUCGAUGCGGGGGGAAAUAUCCCGAGUUUCAGCUCAAGACUCCCCCUUCCAAGUUCCCAAUUACUUUCGUUGUGGCAGGUGAUUUGGGGCAGACUGAAUGGACUAAGUCAACUUUAGGCCACAUACAGCAAUGUAAAUAUGAUGUUCUUUUGCUCCCUGGAGACCUUUCAUACGCUGAUUACGUUCAAAGCCAUUGGGACACCUUUGGUAUGCUGGUGCAGCCGCUUGCAAGUGCUAGGCCAUGGAUGGUGACACACGGAAACCAUGAAAUUGAAAAGAUUCCAUUAGUUAAAGAAUGGUUUCUGUCUUAUAACACGAGGUGGAAGAUGCCCUUUUCGGAGAGUGGAUCCAAUUCAAACCUGUAUUACUCAUUUGAUGUGACAGGGGUUCACAUUGUGAUGCUUAGCUCUUAUGCUGAUCACGGUGAGCAAUCUGAUCAAUAUCGUUGGGCGAAGGCUAAUUUUCUUAAAGUAGAUCGCAAAAAGACACCGUGGUUGGUUGUGAUAUUCCACGUGCCAUGGUAUAGUAGUAAUAAGGCCCAUCAAGGGGAAGGUAAUGCCAUGAAGGAAGCCAUGGAACCUUUGCUUUAUGGUGCUCAUGUAGACAUUGUGUUUACUGGCCAUGUGCAUGCUUAUGAGCGCUCGAAACAUGUUUACAAAGGCAAAAUUGAUCACUGUGGUCCUAUCCAUAUAACCAUAGGCGAUGGAGGAAACCGAGAAGGUUUAGCAACCAGGUACAGUGAACCCCAACCAGAAUGGUCUGCGUUCCGCCAAGCAAGCUUUGGUCAUGGUGAGUUCGAGGUUGUCAAUUCAACUCAUGCAUAUUGGAGUUGGCAUCGGAAUAAUGACGACGAAUCAGUGCAAUCUGAUGAUGCUUGGAUUACCUCAACCUCAUGGAGUGAUCCAACAUGCAAUGUCAGAAACAGCAAUGAGAGAAGGAAAAUCCUGAUGGCCCCUUAAUGUCAAAGUUGCUGGUCAACCUAGAUGUACUUUUAUAUGUAUAUACACAUAGUAGAAUGGCUGAAUUAGACAAUUGUUGUAUGUGUGCAUUGUUCUCUUGGUCAAGUUCUUGUGUUUGUGGUUAAGUGGUAGUAAUUUUUGACUUUAUCUUAGUAUGUUAAAAGAGUGAUUUUUAAUCACUUCAUCUCUAGGUUGUUAAAAACAUGUAUUCUAUUUAUUACCCAUAUGGUACAAUGUAUCAAAUGUAGUUUGAAUGUU